CUGGCUUUCUAACUCUGGCCCACACUUUUUAGGGGACUAAAGCAAUUUUUAGAAAUUUACUGGCAAGUGUGAUGUGUUUUUAUUAAUCUUAAUUUUUAGUGUAAGCCACGUAUUUCGCCUACAGUCCCCUGAACCCCGAACGCUUGGCUCUUCGUCUCCACACAGACUGCUUUGGAAUCAUGAGAGAUGAAAUUGCAACGGCAGUUUUUUUUGUCACAAGAUUGGUGAAAAAACACGAGAAAUUGAGUGCACAACAGAUAGAAACCUUUGCACUAAAGCUGAUGACCAUCUUGUUUGAAAAGUACAGAGGUCAUUGGCACCCUGACUGUCCUUCUAAGGGACAGGCUUUCAGGUGUAUCAGGAUAAACAACAAUGAGAAUAAAGACCCUAUAUUAGAAAGGGCUUGUUCUGAGAGUAAUGUGAAUUUUUUUCACCUGGGACUUCCAAAGGAGAUGACCAUAUGGGUCGAUCCCUUUGAGGUGUGCUGUAGGUAUGGUGAGAAAAAGGAUCCCUUUACCAUUGCUUCUUUUAAAGGCAGAUGGGAGAACUGGGAGCUAGCUCAGCACAUCAGCUACGCAGUCAGUAGGGCCACAGCUGAUUGCUCGUCUGGAACAUCUUCUGAUGAAGAAAGCUGCAGCAGGCAGCCCCAAGUCAUUCCCAAAGUCAACAAUCCCAACAGCAUCUACCAGGUGGAAACCUUCAAACAGUCCUUCCAGCCGUGGUUGUGCCUCUCUCGUAGAAAGCAUUUGGCAGAUGGUCGUGGGGGUGUCUUGGGGGCUGCUUACCACCCAGUGCCCAAGAACCCUAAAUGGCGCCGGGUGGACAGGUACCACUGGGUCAACACACAAUUGUUCAGUGGCCAGGCAGCACCGUGCAAGCUUGAAGGAGAGGCCUUGUCUUCCCUAAAGCAAAAAUGAGGCCAAAGCCAAGAAA